CGAUCUUUGUCUUCAGCGGUGUCAACAUUCAGAGAUGAGCAACAACCAGCUGCGUUGAGCUGCUAAACCACAUUUGUAGUCCUUGCCUGUCUGAGAGUGAGGAUGGUGUGUGUGUGUGUGUGUGUGUGUGUGUGUGGGGCCUGCAGCAGCUGCAGAGAUGGAGACAUAGACAGCACUGAUGGAGAGGAAGAGCUCCAGGGAUGACGGUGGUGGAGAGCGAGGCCUGCUCCACACCUGGAGGGGCUACUCCUACAGUGUCACCCCAGAGAGGCUGCUCCUCCCCGGGCCGGUCCUCCAGGUCGCCCUGGGCACACGGCAUGGUGUCCUGCUGGUGGAAGGAGGGCAGGUUUACAGUUUUGGGGAGUUGCCAUGGAAGCAGAGUCAAGUGCCCGAGCCGGCGAAACCGACCCUGGAGAGCGCGCUCAGCGGCCAGAGGGUGGUCGCUGUCGCAGCUGGAAGCUUCCACAGUGGGGCCGUGACAGAGGACGGCGGCGUCCACAUGUGGGGGGACAACGCCUCGGGACAGUGCGGCCUGUCGGGCCUCAGCACAGUCCCCAACCCGACUCCCGUCGCUCUGGUGGACGCCGACACAACCCCCCCGCAGACUGUCCCGGUGCUGGAGCUGGCCUGCGGGGAGCAGCACACCCUGGCGCUGACGGCCCAGCGGGAGGUGUGGGCAUGGGGCAGCGGUUCUCAGCUGGGUCUCAACGUCUCCGUCUUCCCUGUCUGGAAACCACAGAAGGUUGAGCACUUGGCGGGCAGGUAUGUGUUACAGGUGGCCUGCGGGGCCUCACACAGUCUGGCUCUGGUGCGCUGCUUGGGCCCUCAGGACAUCCACCGGCCCCCAGUGGACAAAUGCAGACAGUGUAACCAGCUGCUGUACACCAUGACCGACAAAGAGGACCACGUCAUCAUCUCUGAUGGUCACUACUGCCCGCUCGGUGUGGAGCUGACGGAGGAUGAGGGCCAGCUGGAGGCACCUUCUCUGACACAAGGGCUCAAAAUGUCCCCGUCCGAGCCGGUUCUCUCCUCCCAUACCUCCACCUCAAACUCCCCAGCACCUAGUAAGGGUGCUGACCCCACUCAGGACUCGGAGAAAGAGGAAUCAGCCUUGGCUAACGGAGCACUGACAACCUCGGACUCUGCGCCCCCGGCUCAUUCCACAGGUGGUGCUGCUUCAGGGGUCAAGAGUUCACCCUAUCCAGAUGAGCAGGCCGUCAAAGACUAUCUAAAGAAACUGUCAGAGGCUGAGCAGAUGGCUAAAGCAGCUGCUGGAGGACCGCUCACUCUGCUGCCCUCCACAGAAGGCCUGACCUCCUCCACCCCCAGCUCCACGCUCAACAGCCUGGUGGCCUCCUGCGCCUCUGCAGUGGGCGAACGGGUCGCCUCCACCUACGAGGCCCUUUCCCUCAAAAAGAUGAUGAACUACCUGCCCUCAGGAGUGGCGAGGGCAGGUGUUCCAGCAGGGCUCGCGGUUGUCGUGGGCGAUAACACAACAGAGCGCGUCCGCCUGGAGGACUCCAUGCAGGCUAAGAAGAGCUCCAGCACAGGGGACAUCCGUGAGGAGGAGGCGGAGGGUCUACGGCGCCGCCUCUCGCUACCGGGACUCCUCUCUCAGGUGUCCCCACGGCUGCUGAGGAAGGCCUGCCGUCCGAGGAUGCGUGCCGUCGCCCUCACCCCACUGGGAGGGGCGGUCCCCGAGGCCCAGGAGGUGUUUCCCACCCUGCAGACGGAGGUGUGGAGUUGGGGCAACGGCGAGCACGGACAGCUGGGACACGGGGACAGUCUGGCCAGAUUACAGCCGCUGUGCAUCAAGAGUCUGAACAGUAAGGAGGUGGUGCGUGUGGCGGCCGGCGCUCAUCAUUCCCUCGCUCUGACUGCUCAGUCUCAGGUGUUUUCAUGGGGAAGUAACAGCUUUGGUCAGCUUGGACACAUGGAGUCACCCAGCACUGUCCCCCGCCUCGCCAAGCUGUCGGAGGGGAUCCGAGCCUGGGACAUCAGCGCUGGAGAGAAACACACCCUCCUGCUCGCAGACGGAGACUGCUUCCGGCCCAUCAUCUAUUACAGCGGACAGCAGGUGAAGGAGGAGGCGGAGGAGAGCAACGCCAAGGAGCCGGGUCAACAGGAAGAAGGGGAGGAAGAGGAGCAGCAGGCGGGGAGCUACACCCAGCAGCCUGUUCUGCUGCCCUUCUGCAUGGACCUUGGUUAUGUGAGCAACGUGUUUGCUGGCGGCCAGCGCUGCGUGGCCCUCUCCGACAUGAACGUGAUGGGCUUCAUCGCCAGCCUCCACGAGCUGGCCUCAGCCGAGAGGAAGUUCUACUGCAAGCUGUGUAACAUCAAGACGCAGAUAGUGCGCCCCCUGCUGGAGAUGGAGUCUCUGAGUUCGGCUCUUGGCCAGGUGUCCACCGCGCUCCUGCACACUCUGGUCGGUCGAUUCAGCCUCUUGUGUCAUCUAACGGGGCAGCACGCCGCCAGCCUCACCGCCAACCUGCGCCGCGUCCGCGACGUCAACAGUCUGCUCGUCCUCGACCACGCCAGCAUCUUCCUCGACUGUUACAAUGAGUACUGCAGCGCUGUGGGCAACUUCCAGGUGAUGGGAGGUUUCCAGGCGCUGACCAAACCCUCACUAGAUUUCUUUGGAAAAAGUCCCGAGCUACUCAAGAAGCUGUCUGAGUGCAGCGAGGAGAACCCGACCAUGGCCGACCUCCUGGUGGCGCUCUUCUACCUCCCAACUCGCCACCUUCACGAAUACGGCCGGUUGCUGCUCAAACUGAUCACCUGCUUUGAAGUGUGCUCCAAUGACUACCAGAGGCUGCAGGACUGCUGCUCCAUGUUCGAAGCGUUGGCCGUCCAGCUGAAGAGAAAGAGGAAGGACGCUGACUACACCUUUCAUUUCUGGAAGAGCUUCCCCGGCAAAAUGACGGUAAUCUCACUGAGUGACUCUCUGCGGAAGCCUCACCGCCGGCUCAUCUGCGAGAGCAGCAACAAAGCUCUGACGCUGCAGAACGCCGGGAGGUUCUCCGUCAACUGGUUCAUUGUUUUCAACGACGCCUUGGUCCACGCGCAGUUCUCCACCCAUCAUGUCUUCCCCUUGGCCACGCUUUGGGUGGAGCCGAUCCCAGAGGAGAGCUCUUGCCUACAUGGAUUAAAGAUGAUCACACCAGAGGAGACGUUCACCCUGCUGGCCUCCUCUCCCAUGGAGAAGACCAAGUGGCUUCGCUCCAUCAACCAGGCGGUGGACCAGGCCCUGAGCGGGGCGGCGCAGGAAAACACGUCAGUCAGCUCAAGUCAGAAGCUGGAGCCUCCGAUCUCCAGGACGGCCUCCUACACUUUUUAUAAGGAUGGACGGCUGAAAGAGGCGACGUACGAAGGACGCUGGCUCAACGGGAAGCCCAACGGCAGAGGUGUGUUAAAAUGGACUGAUGGGAGAAUAUACACAGGGGCGUUCAAGAACGGAUUGGAAGACGGCUAUGGUGAAUUCGUGGCUCCCAAUAAGACGCUGAACAAGAACGAUCACUAUCAGGGUUACUGGAAAGACGGCAAGAUGCACGGCCUCGGGACAUACAGGUAUGCCAGCGGUGAAGUUUACGACGGAUCCUUCCAGGACAGCAUGCGACACGGCCACGGCAUGCUGCGCAGCGGCAAGCUCAACACCUCCUCCCCCAGUGUGUUCAUCGGCCAGUGGCUGCAGGACAAGAAGACCGGCUACGGAGUCUUCGAUGACAUCACAAAAGGGGAGAAGUACAUGGGCAUGUGGCAGGAUCACCAGCGGCAGGGCACCGGCGUCGUCGUCACCCAGUUUGGCCUUUAUUAUGAAGGAGCCUUCAAAGAUAAUAAGAUGAUGGGUACAGGGAUCCUCCUGUCAGAGGACGACACCACGUAUGAGGGAGAAUUCUCCGACGACUGGACCCUCAAUGGAAAGGGCACGCUUACCAUGGCGAACGGCGACUUCCUGGAGGGCUCCUUCAACGGCGAAUGGGGCUCGGGCCUCAAAGUGACGGGGUCCUACUUCAAACCACACCUGUUCGACACCGACAAGGACAAGACCUGCGCUGUGAAGCUGGGGCGUAUGUGUGUGUGUGCGGAGGACAAGUGGCAAGCGGUGUUCGAGGAGUGUUGGACUCAGCUGGGCUGCGAGGCGGCAGGUCAAGGAGAGAACUGGAAGGCCUGGGAGAACAUCGCCGUGGCCCUCACCACCAGCCGACAACACAUCCAGGACAGUCCGGAGAUGUUGUCUCAGAGUCACAGCAGAACCCUGGAGAGUCUGGAGGUCAUCCCGCAGCAUACAGGACCGAUCACCAUGGAGAGAUACCACACCAUCCGCCUCUACCUCCUCAAAGCGUGUGACACCCCGCUCCACCCACUGGGACGGCUGGUGGAAACCCUGGUGGCGGUGUACAGGAUGACCUACGUGGGCGUUGGAGCGAAUCGUCGGCUGCUGCCUCAGGCGGUCAACGAGAUCCAGUCCUACCUCAACCGCAUCUUCCAGAUUGUCAGGUUUCUUUUCUCGGACCUGCCAGAAGAGGGCGGUCUAAUUCCUGAGCCGUCCACCAACCUCCAGGACAAGAAGGAGCCAGGCUCCACCGAUGCCCCACUAGAGUCACCUAAACCUGGUCGUGUGGUGAGCAGCUCGGCUCUGCUGCUUCCCGUCCUGCUUCCUCGUCUCUACCCGCCGCUCUUCACCCUCUACGCGCUGGACAAGGAGAGAGAGGACGACGUCUACUGGGACUGUGUCCUCCGCCUCAACAAGCAGCCCGACCUGGCGCUGCUCGCCUUCCUGGGCGUCCAGCAAAAGUUUUGGCCUGUUUCCUUUUCCGUCGUCUCCAUGCCUGCACUCGGGGAGAUUCAGCAGGUCCUCUCCAGCACCAAGGACGCCUGCUUUGCCUCUGCAGUGGAAACACUACAACAGAUCAGCACAACAUUCACCCCGUCGGACAAGCUGCAGGUGAUCCAGCUCACCUUUGAGGAGAUCACCCAGGAGGUCCAGUCGCUGCUGAAGCAGGACUUCCUGUGGUCGAUGGACGACCUUUUCCCCGUCUUCCUCUACGUGGUGCUGCGUGCACGAAUCAGGAACUUGGGGUCAGAGGUCAGCCUGAUUGAAGACCUGAUGGACCCCUGCGUGCAGCACGGAGAGCAUGGAAUCAUGUUCACCACACUAAAGGCUUGUUACUACCAGAUCCAGCAUGAGAAGAUCACUUAACACGAGCGUGGCGUUACUUCCUGCUGUCCCAGGCUACUACCACAGCCGGCCAAUCAGAGGGCCAGGAUCAGCCAGGCGUCAGGAUGACGGAUGCGAGCAGCGGCCAAUGUGAAGCAAAGGAUCAUAUGAACAGGUUUUUGACUGAACUCCAUCUGCUGCUGCUGAGACGGGACCUCCUCCUCCACACUUUUCCCCCUUUUAGUGACCUCUACCAGCUUCUUAUCCGCUGAUCAUGAAGGUACACUUGUGAAUAUUGUCUGUGUUUUACUGCCAGAGAUGAGCCACUUCAUACCGUCCAGUUUAAACUGUCCACAUCUGAAAAGACUGACUUCCUGUUGGAAAUCCUGAUGUAUGUUACCUUGGAGGAAAAUCAAGGUUCAUACUAGUGUUUUUUUAGUGAUAAUGGGAGGGGUUUGCUCUCUGGUUCCUCAGCUCACAGACCUCUUUUUUUCUUCCUGCAGAAGAAUCAGUUUUUCAGCAUGAAAAACCACUUUUUGGCAAGAAAACAUUCCUUUUUAUCCUGCAGUGUUUGGGGUCAUUUCCACCUCUUGUUAUUCACCUGACACCUACAUGAAGAAACGGACAUAACAAGGAAAUAAUCCUCAUGAAAGCACGUCACUUUACUAGAUUUACCAACUUUUUUUUAUUAUUUAGCGUCCCUGUCAGCAGAGACAACAGUAUAUUUAUUUUCUAGUUUAUCAAAAGAAAAGACCCCAUGAUGCGCACUGACUUGUUGGUUUAGCAAAUUCACAUCUGGUUAAUUUCCCCACCUCACAGCUGCUUCCUUGAGCCUCUUUCUAUGGGAACUGUAGGGGCUAUAACACAGCAAGGUUUGCUUCUGUAUAAAAAAUGUAAACUGACUUGGCUAUAACUCUAAAUGAUACUUAUAUUCUCCUGUUACACCAUCUGACAGCAGAAUAAAGUUAAAACCUAGUAAGUGGCUAAAUUAGCCGUCUAUUACACCAUCUUUGUUUUCAACCAGACAGAUCGUCACCAUGACAACACUUUAAAGGUAAAUCAAUGUGUCUGUUGACUUGAAAGCACAUACAUUUUCCAAAUGGACUCUUAAAGUUUCAUGGUAGUUUAGUUCCCCAGCUUGAACAGAAACUAUGACGAAGGCUUUAAUGCAAAAGUAGGCUGAGAGAAAGCUUUGCAAGAACUCCGAGCCAAAGUGAGCAGAAAGAUGCUUUUAAUGUAAUAAAUACUGACACAGGUCUGCACAAUCAAAAAAAAGUAUCCUAGUCCUAAAUGUUUUGUUCUUUCUAAACAUUAUAACUGUUUGGUAAUAAUUAUGCAUCUAAAAAGUGUUUAUUUUAUAGAAUGCAAAAUUAUCCUUCUCAAGUUAAAUAAACCAUUUACAGUAAAUGCAAUGUCAGUCGACUGAAAACCGGGCGGUUUUGGAGAUGCAUGUUUGUUUUUACAGGACAUGCUUCUCCUCUUAGCUAUCAAAUCUUGGUUUGUAAUGUUUUGAAAUGCAAUCAUCAGUAUACUUUUGUCUUUUUUUAACAGUUGGGACAGAACUGCAGGUUCCCUUUCAGAGAUCAUCUUUAUUUUCACUGACAUCCAAUAGAAAAUGACUUUUUGGGAGCUGAAAUAAUCUUUGUAUUAACUGUAUUGUUGUGAAUAACAGUGUUCAUUGCAUGCAGGCAGGGAGAGAAGUCAGCACAUGAAACCAACCACCAUAUGAAGGUUUUACUACACCUGUAAAAUAAUCAGUGGUAAAACUUUGCUUAAUAUUGGAUUUUUCCUCCUGCAAGUGUUUUUUCAGCAGAGAUUCAGGCGGUAGGCUUAAUGUAAACACUGUUUUUAUAGAUGUGAUGUUCAAAGCUGAUUCUCUGCGCCAUCUGUUAACACUAACUGUUCUUUUUUUAAACCAUUUACAGCACUAACUGUCAGACAUUGUUGCUUAUUUGUUAGUUGCGUCACACAUGCCAGUUUAUAAAGGGCUUAAGAGAGGAUUCAGAGGAUGAUCAAGCCUUUUUUUUUUUUUAAUAUCAUGGCUUUUGUUUUUCUCAAAUGGUUUAACAAUAGAAAAGCCUGUGGAUCAGAAGCCUCUUUUUGUUAGGGACUAAAUUUAGGCUGCUGUGUUUCCCCUGCAGGAUUUUGGAAAUCUAGCAACAUAAAAUAGGUGUCAAAUGUUUAGAAUUUAAUGAUGCUGUCGUUGAACGUGCUCUUUGGCUGUAAAAUCAAAACUGAUAUUUGGUUUUAUUUGGAAAUGUUGGGUAAAGGUCACACACAAAUCAUUACAACUGUUAUGAAAUGCUGUGAAAUCAAACAGAUAUUAUCCCCCCACAUAGUGUAUAGGCCUCUCUCACACUUUUAUGACUUUAAAAAAACGAUUGUAAUAACGCUCUUCCAUCUCUGGUUAUGAGCUCUUGUUACUGCUGAGACCGUAUGUGCCUGACACGCAAUAUUGUCUUUGUAACUAAGGAGUUCAUUCCCAAAACGCUUUGGACACACUUGAAGCAAUGAUAAAACAUUCUCCUGGUAUAACAUAAUUUUGUUGACCAGAGGCUUUAAGUUUUUCUGCAGUUCUUUGACUGACAAAAAGCUUCCUGUUCAGUGAGUCGAUGUGAUUGUGAUUCAUGAUUCAACUACUUUGUCGUGUAACUAAAGUUCCUUAACGGUUUCUUAUGACGCUUAAAACAAAAAGACAAAGUGGUAAAUUCAACACAACAGACCUGCAAACCAAACAAUUUUUCUAACGGUUGUUCCUUAACUGACUGACUCACUUACAUGAAGUGGUAUUUUAAUUCCAAACUGAAUGGUUAUUAAAAACAAACUGAAGAUAAUGUUCAUAAGCUCACGUUGGGUUUCCCGUCCUCAACACUUGUUUACUAUGAAAACACCCCACAGGCUGUUGCAUUGUGUGUUAAAAUGACUGUUUUGUCAAUGGACUUUGGUGUUAUCAGUCAACAUUUUGUGAUUCAGCUGGCUGACAUGAGUCCCACCUGUGUGUGUCUUUUACAUGAUGUCAAAUGUAUUGUACCUUUAAAUAAUGACAGAUGGCAAUAAACUUAUUUGAUGGACA